AUGGCAGACGUGAAAAGUGAAACCGAGAUCAACGUUAAAGAAACUGGACCUUCAUCCAUUAAAUUUCCAAUGCUGACUUCCACCAACUACACAGUGUGGGCUAUGAAGAUGAGAAUUGCUCUCAAGGUAAAUAAAGUCUGGGAAACCAUUGAUCCAGGGAGCAAGCAUGAAGAAAAAAAUAACUUGGCUAUUGCCUUGUUGUUUCAAUCCAUACCCGAAUCAUUGACAUUACAAGUUGGAAACCUCGACACAUCCAAAGCAGUGUGGGAUGCAAUUCAAGCCAGACAUAUCGGGGCCGAAAGAGUUCGAGAAGCUCGACUACAAACACUAAUGGCAGAUUUCGACAAACUAAAGAUGAAAGACGAAGAUAAUAUCGAUACCUUCGUCGGCAAGUUAACCGAGAUCUCAUCAAAGUCAGCUUCGCUUGGAACAAUCAUAGAAGAACCAAAACUUGUGAAGAAAUUCUUAAAGAGUUUGCCAAGAAAAAAAUAUAUUCAUAUGGUUGCAUCUCUUGAACAAGUUCUGGAUCUUAACGAAACUAGUUUCGAAGAUAUAGUGGGAAGUUUAAAGGCCUAUGAAGAGAGAAUAAGCGAAGAAGAAGAAGAAGAACAGAAUGAUGAUCGAGAGAAACUGAUGUAUGCCAAUAGCGAGUCACAGCAUGAUGGUUAUGGAACCGGUCGAGGAAGAGGUCGUGGUGGAAGAGGCAACUGGAGAGGUGGAAGAGGCCGAGGACGUACUGGAGGUUUCUAUGCGCAGAGAGAAGCGUAUAAACAAGGACAGUACGGAACGAAGGAUAAAAGUCACAUAACUUGUUUUCAUGUGACAAACUCGGUCACUACGCCUCGAAUGCCCUGA